UUUCCAAAAACAACCAUUCCCUAAAAUAAAGUUUCCAAAACAACGCGAUAGUACUGAAGCCGCUACAUCACUUAAGUUACUUUCUUUUCAUCCCAAUCCGCGUAUAGACCUCACCUUUAUCCCUAUGGCCACCUUCGAACCACCUCAAAACGGCACCGCCACCACCACAAACCCACUCCCACCGGACAAUUCCUCCGCCGCACAACCACUCACCACCGACGCCGACGCUGACGCAACUGCCGUUAUUAACUCGUCCUCAAUCGUCAACGAAUCGGCUCAAGAGCCGGAGACGGGAACCGAAACCGGAACAGAACCCACCGUCACUCCGCCGGAGAAGAGAUGGUCAGGUUGGCCGGGGGACUGCGUGUUCCGUCUCAUAGUUCCUGUUGGUAAGGUUGGUAGCAUCAUUGGCCGUAAGGGAGAACUCAUCAAAAAGCUGUGUGAAGAAACUAAAGCUCGUGUUCGUGUUCUUGAUGCCGAUCUUGGUACUCCUGAUCGAGUUAUACUCAUAUCAGGGAAGGAAGAGCUAGAAGCAGCUAUUUCCCCUGCAAUGGAUGCUGCAAUAAGGAUAUUCAAACGCGUCUCUGGAUUAUCUGAAAUUGACAGUGAAAUUAAAGGAUCUGCUGGGGUUACAUUUUGUUCCAUUCGAUUAUUGGUCGCAUCAACACAGGCUAUCAGUUUGAUAGGAAAACAAGGGUCACUAAUCAGAUCCAUACAGGAGAGUUCUGGUGCCGCUGUUAGAGUACUGUCAGUAGAUGAGGUGCAAUAUUUUGCUACUGCGGAAGAGAGGAUUGUAGACCUGCAGGGAGAAGCCUUGAAGGUCCUUAAAGCUCUGGAAGCCGUGAUUGGCCAUCUGAGGAAGUUUUUGGUUGAUCACAGCAUUCUCCCCCUAUUUGAGAAAACUUACAAUGCAUCUAUCCCACAACAAGACCGUCAAGCAGAGACCUGGUCUGACAAGCCGUCACAGCAUACCAUUUCACAAACUAGCAUGUUUUCUGAUAUUCCGCUUCCAUCGAAAAGGGAUUCUGUAUUCGCUGAUCGUGAAAGUCAUUUGGACUCACUACUCUCAUCCUCCACUAUGUCUCUCUAUGGGCAAGAUUCUUCUCUUUCUGGUGUCCGUUCUUCAAGUCUUAGUCGUGUUGGGGCUCCUAUUGUUACAACGGUAAUACAAACAAUGCAAAUACCACUAUCCUAUGCGGAGGACAUCAUUGGCAUUCAAGGGACUAAUAUAGAUUAUAUUCGCCGCACUAGUGGAGCCAUAUUGACUGUGCAGGAGAGCAGGGUGCCUGAUGAAAUUGUUGUGGAAAUAAAAGGAACAUCAUCUCAGGUUCAAACGGCUCAGCAAUUGAUUCAGGAAGUUAUAAGCAGUCGCAGAGAACCUGUCACCAACAGCUAUGGGAGGUUGGAUGCGAGCAGAAUGGAUGUGGGUCCAAGGUCAUAUUCUCAGUCUUCUUACUCUCAGUUGGGCAAUUCGUCGCGCAUCCCAUCUUCUUCAUUGUCCUCACAGCCAUACUCAAGUUAUGGAGCAUCUGGUUUAGGAGACUACAGUACUUUCAGACUUUAAGUCGAUCUCUCUAUAGUCAAGGCCUAAAAGACACUCCAUUUGGACUUGUUACUUUCUAACUGGGUCUUGGAAAGAGGGAAGGAGGGCUAGCAACACUCAUUCUCUUAUUAUUUUUUAAAUUCAUGUAGGUCCUACUAUUUUGGAAAUGGGUUCCGCUAACCUUAGCGGUUUGACUUGCAUAAAUUAUACAUGUGAUAAAAGAAAGAAUAUUGAAAAGAGAAUGUUAAAAGUGAUUGUUGCUAGCACUUGUUUAACAAAGUUAACGCAUGAAUGUAAUAUGAAGCCUCACUAGAAGUACAUUUGUGUUAUCCGAUAUCAUCUAUGGUGGAUAAUUUUGAGGUAGCAAAUAGUUGAGAAUUGUAGCAGAAAAUGUAAUGAAAUAUUAGCAAAUAGUUGGACUAUCAUGUUAUUUGCAAUACCAAUUAUUGAUACGUUGGUUCUA